UUAUAACAGUGCUAUCCCCAUGGAAGAUCUUGAGGUCGGUGAUGGCUGGCGAAAAAGGGCACAACGAGCUGUAGGACGCCUCGGCAUAGAGCAGCGCGGAAUUGAACGCGUACCAGAGGAUGAGAGAACUGAUGUGUCGAUGACGAACAUUGGGAGCUUGUGGCUCUCUGCAAACAUGACCGUAUCAACAUUUGCUGUUGGCAUGCUCGCUAGACCUGUCUUCAAACUUGGCUUUUUUGAUGCUGCCUUGACGAUAAUAUUUAUCAAUAUGCUUGGCACCGUACCCGUUGCUUUCUUUGCAACAUUUGGCCCGCGGUUUGGCCUUAGGCAGAUGAUUCUCUCUAGAUUCUGGUUUGGAUACAAUGGCGUCAAGUUUAUCACUGUGUUAAACAUAAUGGCAGGACUCGGCUGGUCUUCAGUCAACUGCAUUGUAGGCGCCCAGCUCUUGCAUACCGUCAACAAAUCGAUGCCUGGCUACGCCGGCGUACUUGUGAUAUCGCUGUCGACACUAGUCAUCACAACCUUUGGAUACAAAAUCGUCCAUUUAUACGAAAAGUACGCCUGGAUACCAGUAUUUGUCAUAUUUGUGAUUGUUGCCGGCGUCUUCAGCCAGACCGGUGAUUUCAACAGCCUCCUUCCCCUGGCUUCGGGGCCUAAAGAGGCCGGUGCCGUCUUAAGCUUCAGUGCCUCUGUAUUUGGCUUUGCCACAGGCUGGGCGGGUCUCAGUGCUGACUAUACAGUCUACCAGCCAGUCACUCGUCCACGGGCAACCGUCUUCGUGGUAACAUUUGCGGGUCUUUUCCUCCCGCUCUGCUUCAACGAACUCCUCGGCGCAGCUGUAAUGACAGCUUCGGCGAUGAACAUGGACUACGUCAAAGCCUAUUCCGAUUCUCAAGUUGGCGGCGUGCUUGGUCAGGUUUUAAUCCCACCCCUGGGUCACUUUGGAUCCUUUUGUCUUGUUGUUCUCGCCCUAUCAAUUAUUGCCAAUAACUGCCCAAACAUAUACUCUGUCUCACUUUCGAUGCAGGUCCUAGCCUCAUCGACGCAGCGCGUGCCUCGCUUUAUCUGGACGAUGGUAGCCACAGCUGUUUACAUUGCUAUAUCGAUCCCGGGCUAUGUCAACUUCGAGGCAUGGCUCAGCAACUUCAUGGUAAUAAUCGGCUACUGGCUCGCAGCAUAUGAGGCGAUCGCCCUCGUCGAGCACUUCACAUUCAGGCGCGGUUACACUGGAUACGACCCAGAUCAGUACACCGACCCGGACCGACUGCCGCCAGGCUACGCCGCACUCACUGCUUUUGCCUGCGGCGCCUCUGGCGCCAUCCUCGGCAUGAAGCAGCUCUGGUACACAGGACCCAUCGGCAGACUCGCCGGUGGCGACGGUGGUGCUGAUCUGGGCUUCGAGCUGGCGUUCACGUUUGCGGCCGUUGCGUACCUGGCGUUGAGGGCGUGGGAAAAGAGGCGCUUUGGAAGAUGA